GACACGCGCGGAGAGCGGCUUAUUCAAAAUGAGUUGUACAGUUAGGGGGAAGCCGAAGUCAGGCCGUACUUGGAAAACAGUUCGUGCUGCAAAACAUAGUGCAAUUAAAAAAGACAAAGGUAUUCGUACAUCAUUUGAAAUUCGUAGAAAAAUUGAAGCAGAAAUAAAAAAAAUUCGUAAUGAAUCUAUUGAAAGAAAAAAAGCUAAAGAUGAAUUAAAAAAAAUUAAACGUUUAAAAGAAGAAGAGAAACGUCAACGAAAAUUAGAAAAUGAACGUCGUUCAGAAAUUGUUGUACCGGUUAGUUAUUACACUUUCAUUAUUAUAUGAUAUAUGCUAUUUUUUUAGAUAAGUAAUCCUGCAAAAUUAAAACGUUUACGAAAGAAACAAAUGCGAACAAUUGUAACACGAUAAAAAAGAAAAAGAAGAAGAAGAAGAAGAAAACAAAAAAAACAAAAAAAAAAGAAAGAAGAUUAUUUUGUUAUAAUAAACUUCAAAAAGAUAUAAUAUCUUUGUAUGUUAAUUUAUUUGUGAAUAAAUUGAGACUGGAGUUAUUAACAAAGUAGUUCAAAAUAGUCCUAAUUGGUAUAUAUAUAUAUAUAUAUAUAU